UGGGUUUUUUUUUUCCCCGGGCAUGUGCACCCUCAGCACGUCCCUGCUUGCACUCGAGGCGUGAGCGUGGUGGCUUCGCUUGUUCGAAUCUCUCUGGCUGGCUAAAGCCUCCAUUUCUUGCUGCACGGAAAAUCAGAAUGAAGGAGAUAAUGCCUAAUAACAGUACAACAAAUAUAUCUCAAGCAAGAAAAGCAGUGGAGCAAUUAAAAAUGGAAGCAUAUCUGGAUAGGAUAAAGGUAUCCAAGGCAGCUGCUGAUUUAUUGGCAUAUUGUGAUGCUCAUAUGGGAGAAGAUCCCCUUAUUAUACCAGUGCCUGCAUCUGAAAAUCCCUUCCGGGAGAAGAAGCUCUUAUGUACUAUCCUAUGAUUCACCCUGCAAUUAAAAAUGUUAUCUGUGAAAAUACAUUACCGAUGGUGCAUGCUUUUCCUAAAGGUUUCUCCCAUAUAGUAAUUUAGACUAAAAGUAACCCUUUCUAGAACACAAUAUAUUCUAAGUUAAUACAUUUUAAGUGAAGGUUUUUAAUGUCAAUUUUUCUAUCAGUGGUAUGUGUUCAACAUUUCUAUUGUUCUCUAUUUGUGUUUUGUAAUAAAAGAAUCCUAUUUGUUUUUAAGUAUGUGAUAAUUAGAUUUUGUUCAUUAAAUUUCAUGAACUGUCUUUGGCUUGUUUGCACAGUAGACUAGCCAUAGCUUAUAUAAUAAUGGCUUAUGAAUUAACCAAAUUGCCUGACGGAACACACAGUGAAUCAUAAAUCGACUCUACAGGUUAGGUUUGCACAACACACUGAGUCACAAAUUGGCCAAUCGCCUUUUAGCCUCAUGUGUCGUGCCAACCCAGGCUGUCUUUCAGAGGGACCGAAGCUAUGAUGAGCAAUACGCACUAUUGAUUUCUUAAGUAUUUCCAUGUAAAAAGUGGGAUUUCAGAAGAGAAUGUGCUCGAUGAAUGUUUGAAUUAUGAAUAUUAAAGUUAAAUCAAAUCUUCCCAACUAGCUGCCUUAUAUCAAGUCAAGCUACUAGUCAACUUACUUGGAAUUAUCUGUACUGAUGAGCAGCACUUUCAGGUUUUGAACAGGAGCCUACUUAAGCCCAACCUGAGAUGCCAAGGAUUUAAUUUAGGACUUUUAAAAUUUAAAAUGUGUUCUUUACCAUUAAGAUGUUACUCUUCUUUUUUGUACUGCAGUAUGCUAAUUGCAGCAGGCAGUAGCACUGCUAAUAAACAUUGUAGUAAUAGUACCAGCACAUGAAAAACCCGCAGGCCAAAUAAAGACCAUACUGAUUUCAUUCCAUAGGUCAAACUGGCACAGUAUAGAGUUCAGUUCAAAUAAAGAAUCAUUUCUCAAAAUCUUACACAUUAAUUAUAGUUUCUGUGGGUACAGAUUCCCAUUUCAUACUAUAAAC